AUGGCUGCCUCGAUUGCUCCUCCUCUCCCUCCUCCUCCAGGACUACCUCCAAGAGGCCAGCCGGAUACGCGAACUCCACAACAAAUCCAACAGCGUGUCGCCUACCUGCGAAACCAGAUAUUCCGGGCCCAAGAUCUCGACAUCUUCAACGAGAUUCAGGAUUACCUUCUCGAGUACGACCUGCCGGCGCUGUCGCUGUACCUAUGGCUCAAGCAGGUUGGGGCUAGCAGGGGAUACCGUGCCCUUCUCACGCGUUUGCCAUCCUCGAAGCUCCACAAGAACCCGAAUCUGCUGACGCGCCUCGACCGACACUUCCCCCAUGUUGGCGUCCGCCUGCGUCUUUCCCAAGCCUCUGCUGGACUUCAUCGAGCACCACAGUAUCAUCCUGUUUGGCAGGCUACCUUGCGGGGAAUGCCAUUCUCCAAGGCCGCAUCCGAGAAGUUCCUGGAGGCUAUCUUUUACGACGGCUUUCACAACCCUCCGUUCCGCAAUGUCUGUGCCUCCUGCUAUGGGGCUCCUCGAGGCAACGCGCUUCAGCAUGAUGGUCGGCAGCACUGUCAGACAUGCGCACGUCGUUUUCUGCAGGCAUCCGACGACUUCAUCUGUACGUAUUUAUACAUAUUUUGAUUUCGAAAGUAGUCUUCUGACAUGUCUAGCGCUUUUAACCUUGCGUAUGGUUGGACUCGAUAUCUUGGUGGAUGUGGAUCCGAGUGCUAGGUUGAACAACCCAUUCGCGAUUGUAACGCUGCCAGAAUACGUCCAUGCCGCUUCAGCUCAAGACAUCCUGUCGCACGUCUAUCCCGGCGUCAUCGUGUCAGAGCUAAAGUAUGGACUCGUCCCUUCUUCCACUGUCGGCACGCUGGCAAGAACUGCAGACUAUGCCGCUGCUUAUAUCAGGGAGGAGAUCGCGGCUAUCAUCGUUGCUGGAGUGGGCCUCAUCCGUCAGGAAGUUACCGAAUACUACAAGCACGGUAGUAUGCUGGACAUCUUCGGACUUGCUCUGAUGUCUCCACACCAGCUACGCGAUCGUUUGCUCUGUCUUGCAGAACAAAGCGGUCCCCUCUGUCAGUUGCAAGCCAUUGCCUCUGCAACUACGCAUUCCGCGUCUCUCGCAGAUUUGCGACAAAUCGUCAAGGGACUUAAGCAGAUGGUGCAGGAUGGAUCCUACUUGCGAAUCCUCUGCAAGCGGUGGGUUCUCCAGGAAGUCCAUCAACAAGGUGGUGAGUGCAUUCUAACCUUGAGCCUAGUUGCUAUAAGAUCAAAGCUAAUCUCUCAGUGGCAAUUUCCCAUUCUCCGAACACUCUGGAAUUUCUUCAGACCAAUCAGAUGACACUUGCAACUUAUUUCUCCUACGCGGCCGCUCCAAAUGUCUCCCACUACAUCGAACACGAUCGAAACACUGCGUUUGUUGCCGCCUAUCACCAGACUUACGUACAGGCACUCGAGCCGGGGACGUUGCAGCUGUGGGCUGUCUGGAUGCGUCUCGUCAAGGAACACAGCGAGCUCUUCACUCCUUACAACACGAUCCCUAAGCCGCCCAAUCUCGCCAACGAUUUGCGGGCCAAGCUAAUGGCGGUGGCUCCCUCUUUAUCCCUCGACGACUACGCAAAGCUCUACCAGCACUUCGCAGUGGCGCAAUCUAUCUCCGAUGAAAUGAGUCGCCAUGGGGCUUUCACCUUCUCCGAGGGCGUUAUUCUUCAAGAUCAUUACGUCGUGUUCAGAAUGGAUGUCAAUGCUCCCGUUCCGUGCUGGAUGAAGGGUGGGGUUUCCGCGCUUCACGGUAGGAAGACUAGCUUCCGUCGUAUCGGAGUUGACGAUGAUUUCCCAUCUUCCCACCAGUACGUCGACGAGAGCGGUUGCCUCGCUUUGUAUCCCAAGCGGAACAGCGUUGGCGUGGAGGUUGAGGCUCCUGGAUUUCCAAUGUGA